UUUUUUUAAAAAAAAAUCCUUAAUUUAUCGCCGGCGUUUAAAAUUAACCGCUUUGCGGCGGCGGCGGCGGCGACGAUGUUUGGAUGUUCUGUGUUGGUACUCGUACUAAGAAAUCGCAAGCUGUAUUUGAUACUGUGUUUUGUGCGCUUAGAGCUUAUGGGAUUACUAGACAUUAAGGCAGUGUGGGAUCAAUCUCAGUUUGCUUACGGGAAUUGUGGCGUGGCACUGAUUUGCAUAGCUUCGUGGAUCAGGUUGUUACUUUCACAAUCACAACUACUGUGACAUUGUGGUCCUUAAUUAAAAAGCACGUGUUGAGUUUAACUAUGUUUCUUUCGAACAAAAAGUUUUUGCCGUAUUUUUAUUACACAAAGAAAAGAAAAAGAAAUACUGAAUAAUUACUAUGUAGUAUGUAAAAUUCCUAUUGAAAAAUCGAAGCUUUCACUACUAUUGUAAAAUUGAGGUUGUUAAAAACACGAGUUGAGUUUAGCUAUGUAUGUAAAAUUCCUGUCGAAAAAUUGAAGCCUGUCUAGAUAAUCUCGGUACACUUCAAAUCUGUAUUGAGCUUCAUAAGAGAAGCAAGUGAAUGAGGAUUGCGUCCUUCUGCUAAAACCACUAGUUCUUGCUUGCUUGUCCACUUGUCCCCAAUGCAAGCUGAGCAACUGUAUUUCAAAUCCUGCUGUAUGGGCACACUCUUUGUUUUGGUUGUUUGGUUGUCACGGUCCAUAUGUUCGAAUUCUACAUUGUCAAUGUGGUGUCUGUAGUUUUCGCAACAACAACAACAACAACAAAAAGGUGGUAUCUGUUGGGUGGAGGUUCACAGCCUGCAGCUCAUCACUUCAUCAGCGGUUCAGAACUUCACUUUGGUUGCUUGUAUUUAUAUGUAAAAAUGUAGUUCAACUCAACCCAUAAGAAGCAAGAUGUUGAAGCAUAAAAAUUGAUAGUUCUUGAUGGUUUCAUAUAUUUUGUAGGAAGUGUGGCUAUAAAGAUGUUUGUCCCUGCUCCCUAUAGAUCUAUCAUGUUCUUCUUUCUGAUAGUUGACUCCUAUGCCUAUCAGGUCGAUGUGAAGAGGGCAGAAAAGAAACAAGAAACAAGAUCUGCACAGACUAGCACUACCUCUAGUUCAAAUGGUGAUUUGAAGGUCUUUGUGGGAGGGCUUGGGGAUAAUGUCACCAAAGACCAUCUCAUAGAUUAUUUCGAGAGGUUUGGCACGAUAACUGAUGUUGUCAUGAUUUCUCAUAGAGACACAAGAAAGCCAAGGGGUUUUGGCUUUGUCACAUUUGAUUCCAAGGAAGCUACAGUCAAGGUUUUAAAGGAUAGGUUUCAUUAUUUGAACGGGAUAAAAGUGGAGACUAAAAAUGCUGAACCAAGGUAUCAGCGCAGGUAUCAAAAUGGACACCAUUAUGAUUCAAUGAACAUGGUCAAGGGCGGAAUGUACUCUCCGCACAGUAGGUAUUAUGAUUCAAUGGACAUGGCCAAGGGUGGGAUGUACUCUCCGCACACUUUACUCUAUGUCCCUUACUACAAUGGUCCAUAUUUGGCUUAUCCAUACUCAUAUCCCUAUCAUUACACACCUAUGGACUAUGGCUACAUGGGGAACCAAAUGGACAACACAUACGAUAGCAGAUUGAGUCACGUCAAGGGAAGUCAGCAGAAAAUUGGCAUACCGGGUUCCACAUGCGUGAAAUCAGACCUUGCGAAGUCAGAUUCCAACUUACUGUGAGGAGGCUAAUCUUACAAAAUUUGUAGUGCUUAACCGGUAACAAUGUUUUUGGGAAAGCUGCAGCUGUGAAGACUGAAGCUCAUCAGAGUCCUUUUAGUUACCUUCAUGCAGUCACUCUUUGUUCGUACCAUGUACAUACAAGCAAAUGGGAAUCACCCUCUGUACUUAUGCUUGGAUUCAGUUUCUGUUGCCGUUGCUAUUUGUUUACUGCUACCAUUGGACGUCUCGAUGACCUUGGCUUAAUACAUUACAUGUUUAUUUAAUUGCUCA